AUGGAUGAGUAUAAUGAAGCGGAUCAAAGCGUUCUGGGAGAUGGCUAUCGCUUUCCACUCCAUACUGAGGCCCUCGUGGUGGACCGUCCAAAGGCCGAUUUUGUGAUGACGCCCAUCCUUCUGAACGAUAUGCGCGACGAUGAGCUUCUCAUAAAGAUGAAGUACACUGGGAUCUGCCAUACCGACAUAGUUCUUCAACAAGGGCUUUUGCCAAUGGUCGAUUUCCCGGCGAUAUUUGGCCAUGAGGGAGCUGGAGAAGUCCUGGCGAUUGGACCAGGAGUUACCAACAAAGACCUCAAAGUUGGUGACAGUGUUCUCUUGUCUUUCAAUGUUUGUGGAGAGUGUCGACAGUGCCGCACCGGUCAUCCAGCCUUCUGCCAUCACCACCCCCAGAUCAAUCACAACGCCAUUCGCAGGGACCAAAGUACACCAGCCGCUACCUACAACGGUGGAACCACCAUCCGAAGUCAGUAUUUUGGCCAUUCCUCUUUCUCGAGGAUAUCGGUGGUUGCCGAGAGAAGCGUGGUCAAGUGCCCCCAACGGGAGAUUCUUCCAAGCUUUGCACCACUCGGCUGCGGAUUCCAAACAGGUGCAGGUACUGUGCUCAACGUCCUCAAGCCCAGCGAAGAGGAUUCCCUGGCGGUUUUUGGGCUGGGUGCUGUCGGCUUGGCCGCUCUGAUGGCAGCAAAAUACCUUGGAACCAAACAUAUUAUUGCCGUAGAUUUGGUCCCCGAAAAGCUGAACAUGGCAAAGGACUUCGGUGCCACGACUGUUAUCAAUCCGAAGGAUGUUUCCGACGUAGUGCAGACAAUCAAGGAUCUCACGGAUGGCGGAGUCAAUUUCGCUAUUGAAUGUACAGGGGUUGUCGCGGUAAUGGAACAAUGCAUCGAGGCACUAGGUCCAUGCGGUACAGCAGCUGGGGUUGGAGUCCCUCCAGUCGGGAAGAAGGUUCAGAUCGACCCUCUGAAGUUCUUACUUGAAAACAAGCGAUACGUGGGCGUUAUCGAAGGAGACUCAGUGCCGCCAGAGUUCAUACCAAAGCUGGUCAAAAUGCAGCAAGAAGGCAACUUCCCAAUAGACAAGAUGUGCAAGGUUUACGACAUAGGGGAUUUUGACAUUGCAAUCGCAGAUCUGAAAGUUGGAAAGGUCAUUAAACCGAUCAUCAAGUUCUGA